UUGUGAAACACGUUUUAUGAAAUAAAUUUCAUUUGAAAAUAAGUCGUGUUGCGAGUUAAAGCUCAAAAUGAUGAAUAUUUCUGAGAGUAAUUUAGAUAGCAUCAUAGAUUAUUUGGAUGAUUAUAAAUACACCAUCAAAGAAAGAGACAACUUAAAAUUGGAUUUUACUCAUGAAUCAUCUCAACUUAACUAUCGAUCAUUUAUGAUAAACCAUCUAAAAUCGUACGCUUCUUUAAAAUCUAUAGUUCCCUCAACGUUACAAUUAGCGGUUUAUUUAGUGGAUAUGGUAAUGGACAGCUAUAAAUUACAGGAGGAGAAGUUUUUGUUAAUUGCAAACGUCUGUUUGCUUAUUGCAGCAAAGGUUGAUGAGUACAGUGGUAACGUUCCAAAAUUAACCGAAUUAAACGCUUCAGUUGCAAACAUUUACGAAAUUAGUGAUUACAAAAGGAUGGAAAUGUUUAUUUUAAACAUUUUUAACGGAUUUGUAAAUUUUCCAACACCGGCACAUUGCUCCCACUAUUAUUUCCAAGCAAUUUUAGAUAACGAGGAUGUGAAGAUUAUUAAGGAAAGAAAGGAGACAAUAAAUGAAACCAAAAGAGUCCUCAAUUCAUUGCUUCUUACUUCAUUAGAUAGAUAUAUCAAUGAUAUUCAUUACAUGCAAUUUUAUCCACCAUCUCUAUUAGCAGCAGCUGCUAUUUCAGCUUGUCGAGUUCAAUAUGGUUUAGCUAAUUGGAAUAGACAAUUAGAAAACUUUACAGGUUAUACUGAAACGGUGUUGGAAGAAAUCAAGAAAUUCUUGUUGCAACCACAUUCGCUAAAAUGUACGUUAUGUCCAAAUGAAUAAAAAAAUUAAAAAGA